AGAACGCGUACGGAGGGCCAGUGUAGAAUCCCAUUGAGUCAGAGUUACGCUGCCGACAGGACAAGCAAGAAGUGUACUCCUUCUCCGUAUCUACACGAUCAUCAAGACGGAGCAACUCACCGUUCGAGGAGAACUCCCGUUGUCAUGGUUCAUUAAAUAUGUCCCUCGCUCAUAUUUUAUUUAUUCAGUAGACUAAAUUAUGAGACUUAAGUAAACUAGGCCUACCUCAGACAUUUAAAGCAGAUCUUUUUUUGUUUUGUUUCAUCAAUUUCCGACUUUGUUUAAUGAACCCUAGAUUCGCAAUUCCUAUACCUCGAGAACAGAAAUUCCCAGACUGAGAAAAAACAGCUCUGAUCAUUGAUUUACUAGAAAUCAGGAUGUAAACAGUAGUCAGAAAGUAGCUAUAUCUCACAUUUCAGAUAAGGACCUCCUAAACGGGGCAGGCUUACGUGGAGGUACGGAGGGCAAAAAAAAAAAGUAUUUUGUGACUAUUCUUUUGUCCUUCUCCAGUGUUUGGGUCCACGACAUGGACUUAGGGGUCACAUGGUAUAUUACAAAGCACCGAAUGGGUUAAUAAAGAGGUGGUUGUAGUUGAGAGAAAACGCGGAGGAGAAAGUUUGGGUGCCGAUAAUUUAAAGAGGCUACGAGAGCAACUAAGUCCAAAGACAAGCAGGACCACUUUGUGAACUAAAGAGCUGAGAGCUCCAAGCCGGUUGUCGCUAUGAGCUGGAGCUUCUUUACGCGUCUCCUGGACGAGAUCUCCAACCACAGCACGUUCGUGGGGAAGAUCUGGCUGACGGUGCUCAUCAUCUUCCGCAUCGUGCUGACGGCCGUGGGUGGCGAGACCAUCUACUAUGAUGAACAGUCCAAGUUCGUCUGCAACACGAUGCAGCCUGGUUGUGAGAACGUCUGCUACGACGCCUUUGCGCCGCUCUCCCACGUUCGAUUCUGGAUUUUCCAGGUUAUCCUCAUCACCACGCCCACCAUCAUGUACCUGGGCUUCGCCAUGCACAAGAUUGCCCGCAUGGACGACAACGAAUACCGGCCCGCACGCUGGGUCGGGAGGAAGCGGAUACCCAUCGUGACCCGGGGAGCCCAGCGGGAUUACGAGGAGGCCGAGGACAACGGCGAGGAGGACCCCAUGAUAGUGGAGGAAAUCGAGGAAGUGGAGAAGGACAAGGAGAAGAAGGCAGAAGGCUCAACGAAGAAGCACGAUGGGCGGCGGCGGAUCGCCCGCGACGGCCUGAUGAAGGUGUACACGUGCUCGCUGAUCUCACGCAUCGCCUUCGAGGUGGCCUUCCUGUUCGGACAGUACACCCUCUACGGGUUCCAGGUGGCGGCCUCCUACGUGUGCACGCGCUCGCCCUGCCCCCACACGGUCGACUGCUUCGUGUCGCGGCCCACCGAGAAGACCAUCUUCCUGCUGGUCAUGUAUGUCGUCUCCCUACUCUGCACUACCCUCACCCUCUUGGAGAUCCUCCACCUGGGUGUGGGCGGCGUCCGUGACUCCCUCCGGGGGCGCUCCCGAAAGCCUCUUCUGCCUGUGGCCCGAGCGUCCAUUGUCACCGCUCACCGUACCGGCCAGGGGCCCACGGCACCGCCGGGUUACCACACGGUCCUGGGGAAGAAGGACCCGUCGGGAAAGCUGAGGGCUGAGUUGAGGGAGCCGGUGGCUGGGGACUCCGGGAGGGAGAGCCUAGGAGACGAGGCCACCAGCAGAGACAUGGAGCGGCUGAGAAGGCACCUGAAGAUGGCCCAGCAGCACCUGGAUCUGGCCUACCAGAACGAGGAGGGCCAAGGGCCCACUUCCAGGAGCAGCAGCCCAGAGAGCAACACUACCGCAGCGGAGCAGAACAGACUGAACUUCGCCCAGGAGAAACAGGCGGCGGGCGGUGACAAAGGAGUACAUGCCUGAAUCCUGCCUCUUAACGCCUGAUCUGCCGUCUGCCUGCCUUUUCUUCCCCACUGGCCCUCUAUGGAUUGAGGAAAACCCAUGGGAACACAGCCGGCUACUGCGGGAGACUGUGUGUCUGUCUGUCUAUGUGUGGUUUAGUUUUGGGGGGGGGGGGGG